AUGCCCAAGACCAGGUCGGGGUGCCUCACUUGUCGAAUAAGACGAGUCAAAUGCGACGAGGCACGGCCGGCUUGUCAAAAAUGUACAUCGACACGCCGUAACAUGCGAGGGCACCAUGCCUCCGCCGGAUUCCACAUCCGAAGUGGUGCGAAGCUACUGCGCGAAACCGUUUACGACCACCAGAAUGGCGUAUUUCAACAUAAAGCUCUUGGGAAAACGAAUGAUUUGGAUUCCUACGCUCCGCUGGAGGUUCUUGCUGGAAUCUUUGCAGGACUGGAUCCACAAGUCACAAUGCUUUACCAGAGGUACUUUCCAGGAAACGGGUACCACGACGCCCAUUUCUCAUUUUCGAGGAUCGAAGAGGCCAAGAGCAUCUUUGAUUAUGGUUAUUGUCUGUUCGCCAGCAGUCUCGCCUCCCAACUACCAUGCGACCCUGAGCAAUUCUCUGCCGCCAUUGAAGCCCGCAUGGCUGUGCUCCAACUUCACCUGCUGAACACCUAUGUCUCGUUCCAUCUCGAGCAUCUACCUCCACCUUACUGGUCACGUUGGGAUAUAUUCAUACCGCAGAUGCAGGAAAUGGUCCUGCUUGGCGAAAAGAUCGUCUCUUCCACCCGCCCUGAAAAUAAUCUGGGAGGGCAUACAACGUCCUUCUGCUUAGACAUGGGCUUUAUCAUCCCACUUUACACCGUGGCCAGUCAGUGCCGAGACCAGAUAGUCUGUCGCAGAGCGAUUGCCCUUCUUCGUUCUACAUCACGGCAAGAAGGUCUUUGGAAUAGCCUGCUGGUUGCAAAGGCUGCUGAGAGGAUAAUGGAAAUUGAAGAGAGCGGAUGGGAAGAAAUAAAGCCUUGUACCGAUGACGCGAAUCGGUCGGGCGUGUUGAGCGCCGCUAAACCGAUCUUGCGCCUCGAUGAAAGAGGAAUGCGGUUGCAGUAUAGUCGACAGGGACAAGGGAAUAAUGCUCAGACGACUGCCGUUGAGGAGUUGGGCAGUUGGGCAGGCAUAUAGGUCUCUGCGAUGUACAAAGGAGG